AUGGUUAGCUCCCGUUGUGGCUCUGUCUGCUCUGAGGAGGGCUGUGGCCAAGGCUGCUGCCAGCCCAGCUGCUGCCAGACCACCUGCUGCCGCCCCAGCUGUUGUGUGUCCAGCUGCUGCAGACCCAGCUGCUGUGUGUCCAGCUGCUGCAGGCCCCAGUGCUGCCAGUCUGUGUGCUGCCAGCCCACCUGCUGCCGCCCCAGCUGCUGCAUCUCCAGCUGCUGUCAGCCCUGCUGUGGUAGCUCCAGCUGCUGUGGCUCCAGCUGCUGCCGUCCCUGCUGCCGCCCCAGCUGCUGCAUCUCCAGCUGCUGUCAGCCCUGCUGUGGUGGUUCUAGUUGCUGCAGCCCCUGCUGCCGUCCCUGCUGCCGCCCCUGUUGCCGCCCCUGCUGCCGCCCCUGCUGCUGUCUGAGACCAGUCUGUGGUCAGGUCUGCUGCCAAAGCACUUGCUACCGCCCCACCUGUGUCAUCUCCACCUGUCCUCGCCCCAUGUGCUGUGCCACCCCCUGCUGCUGCUGA